AUGUACACUGGAGAAGCUGAACAUGUGCUCAAUGACAAGCCCCUUCCACAUCUACGGAAGAGGCAGCGAUUGAGUCAGGUCCUCAAUAAACUCACCAAGGCCAAUGGAAAGGCCAAGCCUGGAACUGAUCAAGGAUCUGACUUUUUGAUGGAUUCGGAUCCCAAAGCGGAUUUGUUUCUACAGAACGGAAAAAUGGUGGCGAAAUUGGAAAGUGGAGAAAAGGAGAUAAGAGGAGUGGCGGAAGCAGAAAGGGUAGGAGCGGAGGCAGAGGCUGAGGAUGAAAUGAUGAGGACUAGCCCUGAUCAUUCCAACACCCCUGCUCCUCCCCCGUAUCCCUCCUUCAAAUCCUCUCGUCCUUCUUUCACCGUCCGAGGCGACGUUUUUCGCUUCGACAGCUUCGACAAGGAACGGUAUCUCUAUCGGACGAUAUCAGAGGAAGAGGAGGACGUGUUCAGCCCCGCCUCUUCCCAAAGAUCACCUCAUAGCCCCACAGAUUCCCCACUCCUAUCCUCCGAUUCCCCUCAAGCGAGUAUUAGUCCGCUUAGGCUCAAAGAUAACUGUCCCGACGAGGAAGCUCUGGAAGGUCCCGGUGUACGAGACAGACUCAGUGUGAUUCCACCUCUUCCCAAGUACAAUAUCCGAGUGAGUGAGUACAAAGAAACCAGUAGUUACCAUGCAGACUCUUCGUCAGUGUCCUCGUCGUCGUCUCCGACGUCGUCUAAACCCCCGCCGUUGUCGACGUUGGUUCAUUUCCCCAUGUGCAGCUGCCACCAUUGCCAGGUAUUAUCCGGUCACGUUCCUCUUCCCGGAAGUCAUUCACCACUGCCACUAUCGAGGACGUCGUUUCUCCGACCUCCCACUCCCCGUUCUCCUUUAUCUCCUCAGUCCCUUCGACCGAUCGACCGACUCAUCUCAGCUUCUUACCUGACGGGACUGUACCGAAAGAGAAGCCAGUCGGACUCGGACCUCCAGAAAUGGAUGGCAGAGCCGAAAGGAAAGACGGGUGAAAGAGGGGAGGACGAGGAAGAAGGAGAAGCAGAAGCCGAAGAAGAGGAGAGAGGAAGACGUAAGCCAGGAUCACGAUCUGCUGAAGAGUCCAUCGUUUCACCAUCUCCACAAGAAUCCCCUUUGGAUCUAAGGGUUCGACGUGAAAGGACAGAGGUGUCAUCGACAUCGUCGUCGUCGUCGUCGAGAGGGCGAGGAAGCCUGGGCUCUGACGGUGCACCUUCCUCACCUCGACUCUUACUUCGUCUUCCUCUCGAACAGAGUGCUUCCACGAGGGAAGAGAAUCGAACCAGUACAUCAGAAGGCUCUGAUGUCGCUUACGUGUGCCCCAUCUGUGGUCAGAUGUUCUCCUUACACGAUCGACUGGCGAAGCACAUGGCUUCUCGGCACAAGAGCCGCCCCACGGAACCAGGCGUCAAGGCUUACAUGUGCGAUGUUUGUAAACGUUCUUUCACGCGGAGUGAUAUGCUCACACGUCACAUGAGGCUCCACACCGGUGUGAAACCCUACACUUGUCAUUCUUGUGGCCAGGUCUUCUCCCGCUCUGAUCAUUUGAGCACUCAUCAACGUACGCACACCGGUGAAAAACCUUAUCGGUGCCCUCAAUGCCCAUACGCUGCAUGUCGAAGAGACAUGAUCACUCGUCACAUGCGCACUCAUGCCCGGUAUGAACCUUUAGAACCUGGUUCAGGAUCUCCCGAUGAAAUUCCGUUGAGUCGAAUUCGACCCUUCUCAGAUCCCCCAUAUUCUCCGACAGAGGCACUCAGUGCUUUGUCAGUCGAAUCUCCGCUCUCUCAACACUCUAGCCCCGGUAGAGAUGUCACCCGUGAAUGA